UUUUUUUUUUUUAAUAGUCACUGAAGUAUAGUGCCACAGUAAAAUUGCAUAAUGACAAGACAUAUGAUGUUCCUUGAGUACCUUGAAAGGGACCUCAAAUAAGAGUACUUAGCUAUGUAUUGUAAAGCUUUGAUUUGGUGCUUCUAAUUCAGUUGUAUCCCUUUAUCAGGUGGUGAAAAAUCAUUGGAAAGUGUGUAAGAGUAACACAAGUCACAAGAUGGCUAUGAAAAUGAGAGAAUGGCGAAAACGCAAACGAGACAUGGAUCAACUUCUAUGUUAUUCUGACAGCGAAGAUGAACAAAGAACUGAAAUUAAUAGCAGUGUUGAGUCUGGGAGUAGCAGUGUGCCUAGAACCCCAUUAUCAGGGGACAGCGUUCCUGGGACAUCUUAUGGUUUUGAUUUUGACACUGAUGUGGCUUGCUUUACUGAUUCUGAACAUGAUGAUGAUGAGGGGGAGGGGGAGGAAGAAGGUGAAGUGAUUAGCAGUUUUGAAGAUGACCUGAGACAAUGGGCCACAGAGCACAAAGUGACACACAGGGCACUUAACGGGUUAUUGUCCAUUUUAAGAAAGCAGGGGCACCCAUUGCCAGUCGAUUGCCGGACACUCCUAGCUACACCACUACAAAACACAACAGAGUCUAAAUGUGGAGGGUACUACAAGUAUUACGGCUUAGAAAAGGGAAUAAGUGAAAACCUAAGACUUAUGGAUAGUAAUGAAGUGCACCUGGCGGUAAACAUCGAUGGCAUCCCACUUUUCAAAAGUAGUGGAAUGCAAUUUUGGCCAAUACUGGUGAAGUGUGGCCAUUUUGAUCCCUUUAUUGCCGCAAUGUUUAGUGGGAAAAGUAAGCCCAGUCCACUUGAGGACUUUUUGAAAGAUUUUCUGACCGAAUACAAAUAUCUGAAAGAUAAUGGCAUAGUUUAUAAAGGCCAGACCUACACCGUUACUAUUGAUGCUCUCAUCUGUGAUGCACCAGCAAGGGCAUAUCUGAAAUGUAUUAAGGGUCAUGCCUCAUAUGAGAGUUGUGAAAGGUGUGUAAUCCAAGGUACUCGUGUGGAGGGAAGAAUGGUAUUCGGUGAUCAGGAAUGCACUCCUCGGACAGAUGACCGCUUUGCUAGAGUAGAGUACAGGAACCACCAAACUGGUCUUAGCCCCCUCAUCGCUGCAGGGAUUCCUUGUGUGAGUUCGUGUGUGUUGGAUUACAUGCAUAUGGUCUGCCUUGGUGUAGUUAGGCGAAUGUUGAUCUACUUGACUCGUGGCCCGAAAAUAUGUCGACUAUCUGUGAGGCAAAAAGAUGCAAUAUCCAAAAAACUAAUUGGACUGAGAGGGAGAAUGCCAAGUGAAUUUGCUCGGCAACCACGUGGUCUACAUGAAAUGGAUAGGUGGAAAGCCACUGAAUUUCGCCAGUUUCUGCUAUACACAGGACCUGUGGUGUUAAAAACUGUGAUCCAUGUCCAUACUGCUGGAGUCCGAUGA